UGGCGCGAAUGGAAACCAUAUCCGUCAGAACGAAGAGAUCGAAGGCUAUGUCAAACCUAUUUGACUAGACAAAAUACAACAGCUGUAUUAAUAUUCUGUUGUUGUUGUUUUUAUCUGGUACCGAUAACUUUAUGGUAAUCCUACCAGGAUGAGACUGUGCCAAGUUCAGACAGAUUGCCUCAUAACACGUACGCGGAAGUUUUGUAGUCCACGCAAAUGGCUGACAAUCAUUCAGGGUCCCCUACCUCAUUGGAAUCUACCGAUGUUCAAAAGCCACUGAAGAAUAACACAGCCAUAUUGAUGAUUAGUGAUAGUGUUAUUGCCUGCCAGAAUCCUGAAGGAGAAUUUCACACUUUAAGAUUGGAUGAAAAUGGAGUUGUUAGCUUUGAUGCCACCUCAGGCUAGAUAAUCCCAAAUGGAUGUUCCCUGAAAUUGCAGGUCCCAAAUGAUGUAAGUAAUAUUUCUACUGGCAGUUCAGAGAGUAUUGCAGAAACUCUGUCAAUUGGAAGGGUCCAAGUUUGUAAAAAGAGUUCUGGGAAUAUGGCUUGUGAUACUGAUCUAUCAUCUGGAACCACUGCCCUAGAGGAUAAAAUAUCCGAAAAAUAUGACCCUGGACCAGCACUAAACACUGCUGCUGGAGUGCCCUUGAAGAUCAGGAAUGAGCAUUUUAAAGUACCCCAUCAGAAUCUUCAGAACACCCUCAUGGAACACUGUGUGUUGGUCAGCCAUAUAACUCCGACCACAUCACUGGCGCCAGAUAAUGUCGAUAGCAAUACAUUCAUGCUGAAAUUAAAUGACCAUCAAGUUGUACAAUCUAAACUAAAGCGCCGUCGCUACUCCCAGUAUAAAGUACCGGUCCCUGGGACAGAUCUGUCACGUGUACCUCAGACCUCAAAACUGCCACUUACGAACAGAGACUGUGUGAAAUCUGUGAACAGUACAGCUAACAUUCACAAUCCAGAUGAUCGCCAUGGUAAAGCAGGGAGUGGAUCAAGUACUAUUUGCCUAAGCACAUUUCAUAACAGUGAACAAGUACAUAUGAACAGUCACUGUGGAAAUAGGACGGCACUUACAGAGGAGCGACCUCCUCCACCACUGUCUGGUAAUGAGUGUGGUAGUCACAUUCGAGAUGAUCACACAGGUGAUUCUGUGGUCAUAAAUUUAGAUAUGAAAACAGAUGAAUUGCAGAAGCCACAAAGACAUGGAGAUAGUGAGACCCGAGCAGCUUCGUCCAUGCCACAUCAGCAGCAGCCAGUGAGGAAACAAGGAGCUGACCAGGUUGUCCUAGAACCAGUGGGACAUACAGCUGGUGGUGAUGACUUGGGAAGGGUUGGGCUGCCUCAGAUGGAUAUUGCUCAGAGGAUUGAGACAAAAGAAGUACCGUGGCAAGAAGAGGUGCUGAAGCCUUACUGUGACUGUCAGAUAUCCUCAUUCACUGAUGAUAUGGCUAGAGCAUGUACUAUCUCUUUUCAAGGAUUCCCAGUAAGGCUUCCUCAUGUAGGCUCUGUAUUAAUACAGGAACAUGAGUUGGUAACAUUUGUAAGAAAUGGUAAAAUGUAUGUCAGUGUUUCUGAACUGAAAUCCAAAAAUAUGAUACACAACUUCACAAAGUUCUCUUCUCUGUUGCGAAGUCAGUCAAGAUUGCUUCCAUUGGCUCGGACAGAAGUGGAAUUCCUCAAGCAAAAAGGAAGAGUGAAAGAUUCCAGGAAUGCACGGUUAGUAUCACUAGAUGACUUGAGGUGGAUAUACAGAACUCAGGCUGCUCUGCAACAGGAUGCAUUUAACACUGCAGUCUCACAAUGUCCUUGGUACAGUCUAACACUUGGACAUUCAUGUCGCAAAGUUGCCAUGUUGAAUCCGACUCAAGAUUAUGUCUGUCCUCUGUGUUUACGAGUGGAACAGAGACCAAUUGAAGCAACAACUCAAAGGUACGAAUGUGACAUAUGCUUUCAAGCAAAUGAGUCACCAAGUGUUCCACAAUCUCAGAUGCCCACUGUCAACAAUUAUGCAAUCAAGACGCAGAAGGUGGAGCAGACGUCCUUUGUUGUCCGAGAAGAUGGGAAACUGCAGACCGUGAUAAUGGGACACAUAAAGGUUGGUGAGAAAAAUGUGGCAGCCUUCUCGAAAGGUGAAGUGACAUAUGUUAGCUGUCGUCACCUCCUGGUACAUCUUUACCAGUUCCCCUGGGAGAAUUUUGUAAGCCUUGUGAAAAGCCUGGAUCUUUGCUUCAUGGAGGCUCCAGUGAAGGUGUGUCAUUUCUUCCAAAAACUGGCAUACCCCCAAGAACUUGUAAAUGGGAGGGUUUGGUGUUCUGUGCAGAAUUUGAGAUGUAUUGCUUGUUUUUCAGUGGGUCAGAUGAACAACACACAAUAUCUAGAGAAGAACAAGAUUCUUGCUUUGAUAGCCCAAGGAAAAUAUGUUGAAGAAUUUCCAUAUGAUGCCAGAGGUGGUGAGACAGAAAAGUCUCUGACAGAACCUAAAAGGGUUCUUCCUUCACAUGAAGUACACAACAGCCAAGUUAGUACAACCAACUCAAGUGCAAAUAACGUCAGGAAAGCACCACCAGGCAAGACUGUUGUCAAAGUGGAUGCAGCUAGAGGUCAAAUACUUGUUUGUAGAGAUGGGAAAACUGUGGGGAACCUCUGUCUACCUCAAACUGCAGGUCAAACUAGCAUGAGAGUACACGACCAGAGAGGUUUAAGGUUGGAUGCAAGUGAUGGUCAGAGAGUUGUUGGUGGUAGUGUGAAAAUUGUUGGGAACCUUUGUCAGACUCAGACUGUUGCUCAAAAUAGGACCAGAACAGACGACCAGACGGGUUUGAACGUGAAUGCAAGUGUUGGUCAGACGAUAGUUAGUGGAGGAGAUGUGGCAAAUGUUGGGAAUCUUAGUCAGACUCAAACUGUUGCUCAAAAUAAGACCAAACAGAUGUGUGUGAACUUUGAUGGUUCUGGUCAGAUAAUGAUUGUUGGAAAUACGACCACUUCAACGAGACCCUCUGAUCCUGUACCAGGCAUUCAGUGUGUGUCAGGAUUGACACAAAGUAACUCAGUAGAAAGGAGUCCAAUAGUGCCACCCAAUUCUGUUUUCUGUGGUGAGAGGUCACAGAUUCCAGGAGGUAAUUAUUUUGUAAAGGAGAAUGUGAAUUUUACAGAUUAUAAAAGUGAAAGUGGACUUGUGUUUAGAGUCAUGAAACAACCAACUGCUUCACAGAACAAAAUUGAUAUUCUUAGUAUUGCUGCUGAGGAGAUCAGAGAGGUGGCAUCUAAGAGUGAAUAUACCAGUGAUAUAGACAAUUCUGGAUUGAGUAAUACAAAUGGUUCAUCUUGUCACCAGGGUUUCCAAUCUACAUCUAUUGAGCAAUGUUCAAUCCUGCAACAACUGACGUCUGAACAGACAACUCAACCUCAAUCUGUGCCAGGACUUGAUGCUGUGACAACAAAUGUAGGCACUGUGUGCAAAGACAUUAAGACUGUAGAGCCAACUCCCGCCCUUUCCAAUAACAAUCCCAGCAGGCCGGAAUCUGAAUUAUCAGAUGGACAGGAUAAACUUCUGUCCAUGCCUGUCGACUUCUUCCAAGACUCUCCUAUUGGGUCACCAAGGAGAAAAUGUUUCUUGUCCCCAAACAAAAUGCAUGAAGUGACCAAACCUGGAGGUGAUGUCGUAGUGUUCCAGAGUGAGGAUGGGGAACAUUAUGAAUGUACUGCACUGGGUCCUAUGGAUGAGCUGAAGGACUGUCUGUUGGUGGUAUCUCCUGAAAAGGCAGAGAAAGAGAAACCGAAAACCAUCAGCCCUGAUUCAGCAUGUUCCCAAAAGAGUGUUGACUCGGGUAGAUCAGAAGGGAAGUCUGAAUCGUGUACUGUUGGUCCCACAAUGUCUUUAAAUCAGAGCCAGAAUUCCAGUGUUUGUGGAGAAGAUAAUUCUGAACCUUUAUCUGCUGAGGGUGUCAAAAACAUGAAAUCAAAAACAGAGCAGGCGUCCCGAGUGACGUCUUUAGUUGUUGAAGAAUACAAACCAGAUACAUCUGGAGUUUUAGAAGCUCAGGGUAUGUGUGUUUAUGUGUCUCAGUCCACUGAAACAAAUGAAACAGAUCCAUCUAGUAUGUCCCCUAUUAAAUCAAUGGACACUCCAUUUUCUACACCAACAAGACUGUCAGUAAGCUCACCAAAUAAAAGUCCAGUUAUCGCCAUUAUCUACAAGAAACUUGUAACUCGGUGUAAUUUGGACAAGUCAAACUCUCCCAGUUCCUUGUCAGUACUGGCCAGUGUUGCUGAAGCCAUCGAUGAGGAUGGAGAUGGUAAAGACGCUGGGACUGAUGGUGGUAGUUGCAAAGUACAAUCAGUGACUGUUGACAAUCAGCCCUGCAAUGAAUCAGGAUCUGCUGAUGGAAGAUCCAACAUUGCUAAUGAUGAAGCCACUGAUGCUGAUGCAAAAGAAUCUUCACCAUUGCUGCCAGAAACACAGAGUAAUGCUAACAGUAGCAUCUCCGCUGAAGAUGAAGACAUGGGUUCUGAUUCAAAAGAAGAUUCUUCACCUAUUUUGCCUGAAACACUAAGUAACAGUCACAUCUUUCCUGAAGAUGAGUCCUCUGUUUGUGAUACAGAAGAGACCUCACCUCUGUUGCAGGAAACAGAAAGUGACAUCUUCACUGAACAUGAGGUCUCUGUUGGUGAUGCAGAAGAGGGUUCACCAUUGUUGCGGUCAAAGUGUAAAAACACUAUCAUCUCUGAUGAAGAUGAGGCCAUGGGUUCCGAUAUAUUUGAGUCAGCUUGUUCAGAUGGCUCUCCAGCAAGAACUGAUCCACAAGCUAAUAAUUACACAGGCAGUGGAGGCUCCAGUCAUACAGUAAUGCCAGACCCUGGAGAUCUGAAAGAUCCCAACAGACGUAACCACCCAAAUAUGUGUAAUCCCGAUGAUAAAUUGGCAAAGUGCCAUUCUGACAAGAGCUCACAUUCUGACUGUUGUAGCGCGUGUAGCCAUGAUGAAAGAUUGUCUGCUUCUGAUACUGAUCAUUCAAGCUCAUGUGGUCGGCCCCAUGGAGGAGAUAGCAGGUCACCAGGAUUUUCUAGCAGUAGUAUUGAAUAUGAUAUAGAAAUCUGUACAGAGCUUGACUUGCAACUGAAAAGUUUGAAUCCAAACCAAACUGUAGAGAAGUCUUCAUCUGUGCCAGAGGAACAACGUGAGUGUUCAGAAGAUGAAGGAAAGUGUAUGCGCAAAUGGAGGAUGCCCAGAUGUCAACUGAAGAAGUUCUUGAAAGAGAUCUUCUCCAUCAUCAAGAUUCACAGGAAAGAGGUCUUUUUCUUCAUCAAGAGUCUGAACAAAGAAAUCCUUCUCAUCAUCAUCAAGGGCCUGAGGACAAGGCAGCUGAGUUAGGGUUAGAUGCAAGACGAAAUGUGGAUACAGACUUGAUGAUGGAUGAUACUUGCUAUCAACUUCAGACUUCAGAGGGAAUUGAGGAAACCAACUCUGGAAACAGUAGAUGUUUUCAAGGUGAGACUGAGGGGGACAGAUUUGUGCCAUGGAGGCAGUGUGGAGCCAGAUGCUGCUGUAGAUGUAAGCAGUGUGGAGCCAAGUAAUGCUGUAGAUGUAAGCAGUAAGGUGUCAGAGAAUGCUGUAGAGAG